ACGCGCGGCGCUGAGUCGGCCGCCGGGUGGAGGUACCGGCUCCCGGCUCGGGCUCCGGGCUCCUGGCUCUGGGCUCAGUGGCGCGGCCCCGGCAGGCAGCAAGGCCGGGCGGGCUGCGGCGCCCCGCGCCCCUCCGGCCAGGCCGGCCAUGCAGGGUCCCGCCGGGAACGCGAGCCACGGACUGCCAGGCGGGCCGCCCUCCACAGUCGCGUCUGGGGCGGGCCGCUGCGAGAGCGGCGCUCUCAUGCACAGUUUCGGCAUCUUCCUGCAGGGGUUGCUCGGCGUCGUGGCCUUCAGCACGUUGAUGCUCAAACGUUUCCGAGAACCAAAGCAUGAAAGGCGUCCGUGGAGGAUAUGGUUUUUAGACACUUCCAAACAAGCCAUAGGAAUGCUAUUCAUCCACUUUGCAAAUGUAUACCUAGCAGAUCUCACUGAAGAGGACCCUUGUUCCCUGUACCUCAUCAACUUUCUCCUGGACGCCACCGUGGGCAUGCUACUCAUCUACGUGGGGGUGCGUGCCGUCAGCGUCCUGGUGGAGUGGCAGCAGUGGGAGUCCCUGCGCUUUGGUGAAUAUGGAGACCCUCUGCAGUGCGGAGCCUGGGUCGGACAGUGUGCUCUUUACAUCGUGAUCAUGAUUUUUGAAAAGUCUGUCGUCUUCAUCGUCCUGCUAAUACUUCAGUGGAAAAAGGUGGCCCUGUUGAACCCUAUUGAGAACCCAGACUUGAAACUGGCCAUCGUCAUGCUGAUCGUCCCCUUCUUUGUCAACGCUUUGAUGUUUUGGGUAGUGGACAAUUUCCUCAUGAGAAAAGGGAAGACGAAAGCUAAGCUUGAAGAAAGGGGAGCCAACCAGGACUCAAGGAAUGGGAGCAAGGUCCGCUAUCGGCGGGCGGCAUCCCACGAGGAGUCUGAAUCUGAGAUCCUGAUCUCAGCCGAUGACGAGAUGGAGGAGUCUGACGUGGAGGAGGAUCUCCGCAGACUGACCCCCCUCAAGCCUGUGAAGAAAAAGAAGCACCACUUUGGGCUGCCCGUAUGACACAGUCCCGUGCUGGGGGUGAUGGGCAGGGCCCGCCGGCCGCCCAGCAUUGUUCCCUCCCUCCUCUCUCUGUCCCUCCUCUCUACCUCUGCUCCUUGCUGUCUCUGCCCACUCUGCCCGCUCCCAGACUACUGUGACCUACAAAGAGGGAAGAGGAGCCAGCGCCUAUGGGGCCCACGGGCAGCUGGAGGUCCCCCACUCAGUUGCACUACAAACACUGACCAAAUAUGCAAGCCAGGAGUUUUGUUUGUCUAUUGUUGUCCAAGCAAUGUUGUAAGGGACCCCGAGGCCCCUGCCCUGUGUCUGACAGGGUGACAAGGUGGAAGAGAACAGGCACACAUGAACUGUGGGCGGGUCCUUUCACCAAGGCUGCGGGCAGUGUGAACAUGUAACACAUUUUGGGCUAAAAGUCACUCUAUGACCAAGUCAGAACCGGAAUGCUUUCUUACUCAAAAUAGCUUUUGUAACUAUUGAUUUUUGAAGCCGGUUUUAUGAGCUGUGAUAGUGUUACUGGUUUUUGAGUAUGUGUUUAUUUCCUACAAAGUACCUUUGGGACUAAUGGGCAAAAACAGAGAUUUUUAAGUCUUCCGUAUGCAGUUUGACUUUUAUAUUUUUAAGUUAUAUUUUCAUACUAUUGUAUUUAAAAACUCUUUUUAAUCCCC